UAUAAUGCAUUUCAGAGCUGCAAUUUUUAUGCAGGUUUAACAUUGCUAUUAUUGAUUUUGUAGAAAUAAAAUAUGAAGAAUAACCUAUUUCGAUUUACUCCUGUAAUAUGUUUGUAUCAUGUGAUUGUAAGAUCAUCUAAUUGGCUACUAGUUCUUUAUUUUAUUCAUAGAGGAAUAGCCAAUUAACUAUAUCAAAAUAACAGCUUUGUAAGAAAAUAGUUUGAUCACAAAAUACAACAUACCCCAUGAGGAGGCCUGUAAACACUGAAAUCUGCAUGUGUGUGUCAUCUACAUGGAGAUUAUCUUGGAUAAGGAGUUUAUUUCUUGUCAGUUUUUCCAAGGAACAAAAAGUUUUUUUGGAAAUGUCGAUGAUUGUUUAGUGAUCAAACUCUCAAAAUGGUUAGUUAUGAUCACAAAUAUAACUAAGAUGUUUCCUUUGUUUCAGUUUUUAUGCGUAUUUCUGUAGAGUAUUAAAUUUGCCAUCCCUUUCCACUUAUUGUAGUUGAUAUAAGUUUGUCAAAUACUUACACCUCCCCCUUUCUUCCCUAGCCGUGGGUUUUGGCCUCUUCUGCCUUCUGCGUUUAUAGAACUUCAAUAUACCUGUGCCAUUGAGGAAUUUGGUGUUUGUUUAUUGGUUGUGUCUUGCACAUGAUAUUGCUUGGUAGCUUGAUCUAUUUAGAUGUGUAUGCCAACUAUCCUCUCAUGCUGCUGAUAGAAUAAUAACAGCAGAGUUCAAAUUGAUGAGAACAUUCUAAAAACCCUAAAAAUGCUGAGAAUGUCACAAUCAAGUUUCAUUAGAGAAAACUUUGGUGUUUUGAAUUUUAAGUUUAAAUCUUUAGUCCGUAAACGACCAGUUUUGAACUCAUACUACAUGGAGGUCGCUUACUGACCUCUAAGACAUUUUUGUUAAGGUUUUCACCUCUAACGCAAUGGCAGGAUCACCAACAAGGUGCACUUCCUCCUGAUUGACAGUCAGUGGGAAAACCCCUGAUGCAAACCAAUUAAAACACAUGAGAACAUACAAGGAUGUUAUGCAGGAGCAUGACUUGCGUCGUGACCAGGUUGAAAUUGUAAAACAGCUUCAGGACAAGAGCAAAGCUGGAGAAUUGAAACCUGUUUCUACUGCUGCACCUCAACCGAAGCCAGAGAGGAAGCGACGUCGCUGGGAUCAACAGGCUAAUGCUGAAGAGACUCCUGUAAAGAAGAAGUCUGGUUGGGAUCAAGAGGCUACUACCCCAUCCUUGAGUCGUUGGGAUGAGACCCCUGGACGCUCAAAGGGUUCAGAGACACCUGGGGCCAUCACUCCACACAGACUUGGGUCAGAAACCCCCGGGGCUACACCAAGCACAAGGAUUUGGGAAGCCACGCCUAGUCACGCUACACCCGGACAGGCUACACCUGGGCAUGCAACACCUGGGGGUACCACACCAGGAGGGGCAUCAGCUAGAAGAAAUCGCUGGGAUGAAACACCUAAAACAGAGCGUGGAGAGACCCCUGGGCACUCGACGCCAGGGUGGGCAGAGACUCCUCGCACUGACCGCAUGGGCGCGGAGACCCCAGGGGCCACACCCACUCCUGGUAGUAAACGCCGCUCUCGCUGGGAUGAGACACCUGCUAGUCAAAUGGGCGGUACCACACCUAUGAUUGGCACUAGUGGAGUGACGCCUGCUGGUGCACUGGCCAUGCAAAUGCAUACACCUACCCCAGGUCAGUUAGUAUCCAUGACUCCUGAGCAGAUGCAAGCCUACAGAUGGGAAAGAGAAAUAGAUGAAAGAAACAGGGUUCUGAGUGAUGAUGAGCUCAACCAGCUUUUCCCUAAGGAGGGUUAUAAGAUUCUUGACCCCCCUCCUGGCUACCAGCCUAUUAGGACACCUGGUCGCAAGCUCACUGCCACACCCACACCAAUGGGUGGACAAGGAUUCUACAUGCAGCAAGAAGACAGGUCUGCAAAGCUAGUGGAAGACCAGCCACCGGGUAAUCUACCAUACUUGAAACCAGAUGAUGUGCAAUACUUUGACAAAUUGUUGGUUGAUGUUGAUGAGGAAACUCUGGGGCCUGAAGAGCUCAAAGAAAGAAAGAUAAUGAAACUCCUGCUGAAGAUUAAAAAUGGCACCCCGCCCAUGCGGAAGGCAGCCCUUCGUCAGAUCACUGAUAAAGCCCGUGAGUUUGGUGCAGGACCUCUGUUCAAUCAGAUCCUGCCGCUUCUCAUGUCCCCCACCCUGGAAGACCAGGAACGUCAUUUGCUGGUGAAAGUCAUUGAUCGCAUUCUUUACAAACUUGACGAUCUAGUUCGUCCAUUUGUCCACAAGAUUCUUGUGGUCAUUGAGCCUUUGCUCAUUGAUGAAGACUACUACGCCCGUGUUGAAGGUCGUGAAAUCAUCUCCAAUCUUGCGAAGGCAGCAGGACUUGCUACCAUGAUUUCUACAAUGAGACCUGACAUUGACAACAUUGAUGAAUAUGUCCGUAACACAACUGCAAGGGCCUUUGCAGUUGUUGCCUCAGCUCUUGGAAUUCCCUCACUGUUGCCUUUCCUGAAAGCUGUGUGCCGCAGCAAAAAGUCAUGGCAGGCCAGACAUACUGGCAUCAAGAUCGUGCAGCAGAUUGCCAUCCUGAUGGGCUGUGCUAUCCUCCCUCACUUGAGAAAUCUUGUGGAGAUCAUUGAACAUGGUCUAGUUGAUGAACAGCAAAAGGUCCGUACUAUCACUGCCUUGGCUUUGGCAGCGUUGGCAGAAGCUGCCACGCCCUACGGUAUCGAGUCCUUUGACAGUGUGCUCAAACCCCUGUGGAAAGGAAUUAGACAGCACAGAGGAAAGGGUUUGGCUGCCUUCUUGAAGGCUAUUGGCUAUUUGAUCCCAUUGAUGGACGCAGAGUAUGCCAACUACUAUACUCGAGAAGUCAUGAUCAUUUUGAUCCGAGAGUUCCAGAGUCCAGAUGAAGAAAUGAAGAAAAUUGUGCUUAAGGUUGUGAAACAGUGUUGCGCAACGGAUGGUGUGGAAGCACAGUACAUCAAGGAAGACAUUCUCCCUGACUUUUUCAAGCAUUUUUGGCAGCACAGGAUGGCCCUUGAUAGACGAAAUUACAGACAGCUUGUUGACACGACAGUGGAGUUGGCUAACAAGGUCGGAGCAUCUGAGAUAAUCAACCGUGUGGUAGAUGACUUAAAAGAUGAGAAUGAACAAUACCGAAAAAUGGUGAUGGAGACAAUCGAAAAGAUCAUGGGGCAAUUGGGUUCGGCAGAUAUUGACUCUAGGCUUGAGGAACAGCUCAUUGAUGGCAUUCUGUAUGCCUUCCAAGAACAGACACAAGAGGACAUCGUCAUGUUGAAUGGUUUUGGCACGGUAGUGAACGCUCUCAGCAAGCGGGUCAAACCAUACCUACCUCAGAUCUGUGGUACCAUCCUCUGGAGACUUAAUAACAAGUCUGCCAAGGUCCGACAGCAGGCUGCUGACUUGAUCUCCCGAAUUGCACAAGUCAUGAUGACAUGUGGAGAGGAAAAGCUGCUAGGUCACCUUGGUGUGGUGUUGUACGAGUACCUUGGUGAAGAGUACCCUGAAGUUCUGGGAAGCAUUCUUGGUGCACUCAAGGCUGUGGUAAAUGUGAUUGGUAUGAACAAGAUGACCCCUCCCAUCAAGGACCUUCUGCCAAGACUAACACCCAUCUUGAAGAACAGACACGAGAAAGUCCAGGAAAACUGCAUCGACUUGGUGGGUAGGAUAGCUGAUCGUGGGGCUGAACAUGUUGGUGCUCGUGAGUGGAUGCGCAUUUGCUUUGAGCUGCUUGAAUUGCUCAAGGCACACAAGAAAGCUAUCCGCAGAGCCACUGUCAACACUUUUGGCUACAUCGCUAAGGCCAUUGGACCACAAGAUGUCCUGGCAACUCUGCUAAAUAAUCUAAAAGUGCAGGAGCGCCAGAACCGUGUCUGUACCACUGUAGCUAUUGCUAUCGUGGCAGAGACUUGCUCACCCUUUACCGUUCUGCCCGCACUAAUGAACGAGUAUCGCGUGCCAGAGUUGAACGUUCAGAACGGCGUGCUCAAGUCGUUGUCGUUCCUGUUUGAGUAUAUCGGCGAGAUGGGCAAGGAUUAUAUUUACGCUGUCACGCCCCUCCUGGAGGAUGCUCUUAUGGAUCGAGAUCUGGUUCACCGACAAACGGCAUGCUCCGCCAUCAAGCACAUGUCCCUGGGUGUGUUUGGGUUGGGUUGUGAGGACGCUCUCUGUCACUUGCUCAACUACGUUUGGCCCAACAUCUUCGAGACAUCUCCGCAUGUGAUAAACGCUGUGCUGGAGGCUGUCGAUGGGAUGAGGGUUGCUCUCGGACCUGCCCGUGUACUGCAGUACUGCCUACAGGGUAUUUUCCAUCCUGCAAGGAAAGUGCGAGACGUAUACUGGAAAAUCUACAAUAACUUAUACAUUGGAUCUCAGGACUCCUUGGUGGCCUCAUAUCCCACCGUCCCUAACGAUGAGAAGAAUACAUACGUGCGAAACGAGCUGAAUUACUUCCUCUAGUUCAUCCUGGCGCGGUCACUACCAGGGUCUUGGUGGAGAGCAAGUGUGAAGCAUUUCCAUUUGCUCCAGGAUACUUAUAUAGACAGCGUGCUGUCGAGUUAUCUUUUUUUAGUUAAUCGGAGGUGUGUGAGAGAAGAUGUGGGCACUUGAUACAGAGAAGAACAGCUUGCGCAUUCUUAGUGCCAGUGCAACAAUUAUACUGACCAAUAUAUUGUAAAAAAAAAUCAAUAAAGUUGUAAGAUAGUCAA